AUUGCUUAUCCGCAAUGUACCGUCAGCGGAGUCUUGUGCUACUGCUGGGCGUGGCUUCCCUUCUCACCUGCGGCCAGGCUCAUAGUCUGCCAGGUGUGCCGAGUAGUUUCAGCACUGAUGAGCGUCUGACGGCUGCCAUUUCAGUCAGCGUGGCGGAAGAGAUUAGCUAUGAAUUUAUGAAGUACCUGCGGACAGGCAUCGAGUCGCCUCGAUUAAAGGUACUGGGCAAUGAGUUGCGCACGGCCCACAGCCAGAAGGACAUUUUCACUCAGCCCCUGGUCGAUCUAAGUGCAGUCGAUCAGUAUUUCACAUGCACCAUGUGCCGCGCCACGGUCAACGUAAUUGGCCGCACCUUUACGGGCCCCAAUGGCGAGCUGACUGGACCCAAUCGCGAUCAGAAUGCCAAGAAGACAUUGCUGAGCAUUUGCGACUACUUCAACAUUCAAACGCAGGAGGUAUGCUCCGGUCUAUUCGAUCUGAACUGGCCGAUUCUCGAUUUCAUCUUCAACGAGACGAUCGCCGAGUCGCAAAGCAUUUGCAGCAUGCUGCCCAUUAAAAUAUGCCAGCUGCAGCAGCCGGAGUUUAACCUAAAAGUAAACAUUGUUGGUGAUACGCCCACCGAAUCCAAUACCGAAGUGCCGGAAGGCGGCGAUAAUAAUUAUCAUGUUCUGCAUCUAACCGAUAUCCAUUACGAUCCCGAGUACAAGAGCGGAGGCUUCGCGGAGUGUGCGGAGCCCAUGUGCUGCCGCGACAAUCUGCCAGCAGAUGCCAAUACAACUGGCGCCGGCUACUGGAGUGACUAUCGCGACUGCGACACACCCAAGCACCUGAUCGUGAAUGCCCUCGAGCAAAUAAAGAAGGAGCACGUGCUGGAUUGGAUCUACCACACGGGCGAUGUGCCCCCACACAAUGUGUGGUCCACCACGCGGCAGGGAAACAUGGAUAUGCUCACGGAGAUCGAUCAACUGCUCGCAGAACACUUUCCCAAGAUUCCAGUUUAUCCCUGUCUGGGCAACCAUGAGCCGCAUCCAGCGAAUGUAUUUGGCAACGAUGAGAUACCUGCCUCCCUAAGAGUUGACUGGCUGUAUGAGCAUGUGUGGAGCCUGUGGUCCAAGUGGCUGCCCAAAGAAGCUGAGACUACCGUACGUCGCGGAGGCUACUACACGCUUCGCCUCAGAGAGGGACAGCGCAUCGUUGCGCUCAACAGCAUGGAUUGCUAUCUGUAUAACUGGUGGAUUUUCUACAACGGCUCUAUUGUGCUGGAGCAGCUGCAGUGGUUCCACGACACGCUGCUCGCCGCUGAGAAAGCCGGUGAAAGGGUUCAAGUCCUGACUCACAUUCCCUCUGGCGAUGCCGACUGCUGGUCUGAGUGGUCCAGGGAAUACAAUCGUAUUGUGGCUCGCUUCAGCAGAGUCAUCACGGGCAUCUACAAUGGACACACUCACAAGGAUGAGAUGAAUGUUCACUAUACGGACACGGGCCUGGCUAUGGCCGUCUCCUGGAAUGGCGGCAGUCUGACCACCUACUCCUACAAGAAUCCCAACUAUCGCUUGUACGAGCUGCACUCGAAGACAUUGCAGGUGCUGGAGCAUCACACCUAUACAAUCAAUCUCACCGAGGCCAAUCUGAAGCCCAACGAGUCGCCCAGCUGGAAGAAGGAGUACGAGUUUGGAGAACAGUUUACGCGCAACACGAGCGCCGCUGGCAUUGAUCAACUGCUUGAGGAUAUGGCUAAAAAGCCAGAUUUGCUCCGACUCUUCUGGCGCUACAAGAUGACCGAGGCGGAUCCAAAACUGGAAACCGGCUGCGAUGACAGCUGCCUGAGCCGCACAAUCUGCCGCAUUGCCACAAGCAACUACAAUGAGAAGCAGCGCUGUCGCGAGCUCCAGGCCAUACUCAAGGAGAGCCUGGAGAAGGAGAAGCGGCCACAGGACGAUGGUGCAGCUGCAUUAACGGCUUACAGCUUCACCAGCUUGCUGGCCCUGCUGACUGUGUUGCGCUACUUGCUUUAAUUGCAAUUGAACAGGCAAUAACCCGAGGUCUUAUCUUUGCUGGCUGCUGAAUGAUUAUAGUUGAUUAUUUAUAGCAUAUCGUUAUUAAUUAGUUCGAUUAGCAGAGCGUCCAUAAAUUGCGCCAUAAACCGCGGCCAAUGUCUGCUGAACAAAUAAAACCAAUUUGUAGUUU